UUGCGAGUUUGCAAUCAUCAGACAGACAGAAAGAAACACAAAACUUCUCUGCUCGCACUGUUGGUUGGCUGCUGUCCAAGGGAGGAAAAACUUCGAACAGUUACUGUUGGAGAUUUUCUUCAAUCGUCGUCGUCGAUAGAUCGUAAGGUAAUCGUCUUCGUCGCGCGGAUUGAAUUUUUCCUCAAGAAAGAAAGGCGAAAAGUCGUCAUCCGCGCGAGUGAAAAGUGAAUGCAUUUGGUGGCCAUCUGCUGGUGGAUGAUAUCCGGAGGAUUCUAGAAUUAGAACUGUCCGCGGGGCGAUUUUCUCUGCUUGGCUGGAAUUUCCUGUUCUGGCUGACAAGUGUGUGCGAAAAAUUUAUUUUCGGGUUGCAUCGAAUUCGCGAUUUUUGGGUGUCUAAGAAGGAAGGAAGCAGCUGUUGAGGAGGGAAGUGGCGAAGUGACGACCAACAGAAGAACCAGUUCAAGGAAUCGUCUUUGUGUGUGCUGUGGAUUGAAUUGACUGGUUGACGACACGGGGAUGGUUUUUUGGGGGGCAAAGCUGCUGUCUUUAGCCUAAUGGAUGAAUGGAUGGUUAUUAUGAAGCAACAGAGAAGCGACGACGGCCAAAAAAUCCCCUUCUAGAGAAGCGAAGAAAUAGUGAGCAAAACAGGGCAAAGUGUUCCCGUUUGGGGCCCCCGCCGCUGCCAAAAGAAGUGCCAGUCUGUGUCUGUGUGAUCUAAAUUCCUCUCAUAUUCGAGGGCCAGUGGUUUUUCGGAUGGAUAAUUUAUUCUGCUGCUUCGGAAGAAUUUGGAAUUUGGACCAACUCGAACUCGGCGACAACUGAAAGAGGCUGUAAGGAGAAGAAGGCAGAUUCAGACGGAAGCGAUUCGAGUUGGAUGGAAGGGGAACUAGAAUUGUGUCUGAUUUGCAUGGGAGAUGUGUGAUAUGCUGAAGUGAAUACUAUGCGCAGACAUUGAGAUCUGUCUCUAGAAGAAUAUUUUUUAAACGGAAUGCUGGUUUGCUGAGUUCUUCUUUUACAGUUGCCGUCCCGACUCGCACUCAAUUCUGCAAACAGAGAAUGACGACUACCACGACAAAAGUAUUCGUUUAUCGUUUGGCCAUAGAUUAAGUCAGUCCCGUCCCGAUCUCGUGUGGUGGUAACUCGAAUAAAAAAAAAUCAUAAGAUAGACGGAUUUCCCGAUGGUGGAUUCGAAGACGCGAAACGAAAAAUUCCCAGACUAGCGAAGGCGCGCGACAUCAUCUACUGUAAUGUAACUCGAUUAGACAACGAUUCAGUAGUCUACGCCCAGUGAAGAAAACAGUGGAAGGUUUGGUACGCUGCCAGUUGGUGCCAGAGAAUACAGUGGCCGUGCGACACGACACGAAGAUGGAUUGUGACCGAGCUGCAGUUCUUCGUCGUUGUCGCCGCCGCCGGUGAAUCACCUGUAAUUAGAAAUUUUUCACGAAGAGAUAAGAGAAGCUAUGUUGUGAUCCGAUUUGUUUCUCGUUACACCUGCCGUAUAAUGAUUGUGUGGGUGCAAUUGACGAGAAGAUGAAAUAAUAAUUUCGCAAAUUAGUGGCCUCGAUUAAUCAUUAGGUAGUUCCAGCGGCAGUUGUCGAGUGGCGUAAGCAAAGUUGGAAAAUUCGCCGAAGUGAAUCCGAGACGAAGAAGAUCCAUUCUGCGGUUGUUUUGUGGAAAAUAAAAAAAUUCAUUGCGAAGAAAAGGUGUGCCAACGAAUUUGUGAGGGAGUGUUGCGUGCAAAUUAGUUAUUUUUUUUCCGAAAGGGCGAAAAAGCUGUGAAAUAAUUGCGCCAGAGUGAAUGACACUGAUAGGGCCCGGUGCCCCAGGAAUGGCCUUUAUGAUGAAGAAGAAAAAGUACAAGUUUACGGUGGAGCUGCACCUGGAGGAGCUGGUGGAGGUGCCGUUUGUGAAUGCGAUGCUGUUUGCGAAGAUACGGCUGCUGGACGGCGGAUCCUUCCAGGAAAUAAGCAAUAGGGAGGAGGUGAAAAACCAUACCGUGAAAUGGCGACAAAAGUUCGAGUUUCCCUGCAAGAUGACAUCGAAUGCGUCCACCGGAGUGCUGGAUCCCUGCACGGUGCGGAUAUCGAUACGCAAGGAGAUCAAAGGGGGUAGGAGUUUUCAGAAACUAGGGUUUAUCGAUCUAAAUUUAGCCGAAUUUGCGGGUUCCGGCCUGACGUCUAGGAAAUGUCUCCUGGAGGGAUACGAUACCCGGCAUCGGCAGGAUAACUCUAUGCUGAACGUGUCGUUAAGAAUGCACAUGAUUCAGGGUGAUAUUUUGUUCAAAGUUCCUUCGCCAAGCCCAAAGUCGAAAGCGCUUCCCCAGGAAAACCUCGGACUUGGCCUGCAGCCACCCGCGUCUGUCGUGGGCCCUCCUGCGGUGGUAGCCCCAGCAGUGACUGCCAAUCGCGUAUCAACCAAAGAUGAUUCAUCGAUAGCGUCCGGAUCGUCCGGAUUCGACUCGCUGACCAAGAAGAAAACCCCACUGUUUGCCACUUCGGAGUAUCAACAAUCAAUAGAGUUGGACCCGCAGUCUUUUCUAGUAACCGAUUCCGGUAUUUCCGAAUCUUCCGAGCCGCCAUCGUCCCUGCUGGACACGUCGGUUGCGUCCCAGGCGACGCUUCCUUCGCAUCUCGGGACCAACAGCAACGCGCAGUCUGUCGUGGGCAAUGCCGUGGGCUCAACGAAUACGGUGACUAGCACGGCCACAGCCGCAGGAACGGUUCCGGGUGGUAUCGAAAUGGGUCAUUCCCGUAACUCCAGUAACACUAGUCAAAUGUCCAAAGGAUCCGGUUACAGUAGUUUUUCUCACAGUCAACACUCGAGGCAAAGCUCCGAGGGCGACUCUGGACAUCAAAGGUUACGUUCGUCAUUGCAAUCAAAGAGCCAAGAUGCUCAGAAAAAAGCAAACUUUCCCAGCACCGCCGUUAAUGGUAAUCGUUUCGUUAAUGUUAAUAACAAAUUCACCACCAGUGUCACCGAUCCGGGAUUAACCGCCGGAUAUGGACCUGGCAGCAGCGGUGGUAGCAGCUCCGAAGGGACACCCACCAAGGUCAUGACCGCCCAUCGGUUACUGACCAAGCUGAAAAUUCCCCAGAGCCCGAAUUCGGACUCGGGUGAUGAUAUUUUCAUCACCCCGGACGUUACUGUCAUGUCGGACGAAGGUGCCAUGAGUGAGGAUCGAACCGAUUCUGGGUUGGACGAUUUCGGUACUCCUACGUCGGAAGUUCCUCUCGCUACGCUGGUGAAAAUAAAGAGUAUGAAUAACCUCUCGGUGACGAAGAGUAACAUAUUCUUCACCGAAGAUGAGGUUGAUUGUGAUGCGGUGGACAAAAACCGCACAAUUGGAACUCCAGGACAGCAGAUGAACCUUAGUCGGAUGAAGUCGUUGGGAAACUUAUCAGCUUACGAACGCGAAUUUGGUACAACCCCCGUGGACCUGUUGAAGCUCAAAAAAGAUUUCGAAUUGCGAAGGUUCAGUUGUGCUAAGAUGAAGUCCCUGACCGAUUUGAACGAUGACAAUGAAGACGCUAUGGUGCAGCGAAGAAAGCAAGUCUCCAAAGAAAAUGUCGAUCAAAAAACUAAAAACUGCAUCGACGAGCGAAAAUCAGCUUUCCAGAGGAAUGGAGCAGAUUUGCCCAAUCGAUUCCAGCCGUUCCAGAUGAGAAACUCCUUCCACAGUGGCAUAUACCGAAAGAAAGCAGGUGUCGGCUACACUCGUUACAUUGGAAUAGAAGAUGACACGCCGUCUCCACUGACAAAGAUGAAUUCCAUUCCCAGUUUGAGUGCAACGGAUCGGAUCGAUCACAAUCCGUUCCUCACGCCCAACAUAGGCCGAAAACGGUUUUCCACCAGCAGCAACAGUCCCGAUGAAAAUGACCGAUCUCCGGUUGAACUGCGACUAACGCGGAAACUGGCAGAAGAUGUUGUUGAUUCAGCAAACCUUCUCCGGACGCCCUUCGAGCGUAACUUCCGCAAAAGCUCUCCCACCGAAGAUUUUCGCCUUUCGAACCCGACGGCACCGUUCCGACAGUCCGAUAGUAACUUUUACAAUAUUAUUCGGAAUUACCCCAUCGGAAAGUCAUCGUCGGCCAAUCUGGAGUGGCUCAAGCAUCGUUCGUCGUACAAUAAUUUCCCUCUGAGUGUGAAGCCAACCGUUACAACACCGACGGCGGCACCAACUGUACCACCGCCCCUGAAUAUCUCGGCGCCUCAGACGGCCACCCAGGCCACCGGAAUGGUCCCAACAUCACCAUCGUCAAAUCAGCCCAAUUCUCGCGUAUAUCAUAGAUUCCGAUCAAUAGUGCGAGUGAUUCUUAAGUUAGUCAUUAAAAGACAAACGAAUCAGUCCGCAAGCAUUAACAAUAGCAAUAGUACAACCAAAUUAAAAAACCCCAGUUCUAGUUCUAUCCCAAUGAGUGAAACGGGUUCGCUGGAUCGAAUGAAGUCGGCAGCGGAACGACGGAAGAAGGGAGCCAUGGAAAGUGACAGCGGGACGGUGCCUACCGUUUCAGGCCGGGUGGAAGGAACCCGCGUCAACACCGGACUGAUCAUCGAUGAGCUGUUGAAGAACACCAAACUGGAUCACCUGGAGGAGUCGGGAACCGGCCUAGCGCUGUACAUCAGCAGCGACGGAACGACAACGCUCGGCAGCCACGAGGUCCGGAUGCCAGCUGGUGGACUGCGGCAAGUUGUGAUGGAAAACCCGAGAUAGUAGCAAACGUCGAUCUUUGUUGCCACCACCAUUCACCAAAUGCAAUAUUAGAUGUCCGCGUAGAUGCCGCCGUCGCCAUUCGCCGUCAUAUUGCGCGCAUGUAUGCUUCCCCGCCAGCGUUACAUUUAGUGAGAAGGACGCGAGUCGUAUGAUUUAAACACCUGAUCUGUGUGAGUGGUAAAUGCUGCUGAAUGUAUUCACUGUCACUGCUUUCGGUUCAGUUUUUACCUAGAAUAUGUAGAUAGUACCCCGUUAUUUAGUUUUUCUUUUCGUUAUCAACAUCGGAUUCAAAAACUGAAAACAUCCAUCAGAAGCAAAUUUAGGAACAGUUCGAAUUAUUUAUUUACCUUUGUUAUGAACAAAACAAAAUCAUUCGUUACACUAACUAGUGUAUGCGCAGGUGGCAAAUUUAAAUUUAAAGAAACCACAAUUCAACAAACAUGCUGUGAAUUUAGACAAGCUAGUAGAACAAUUAAAGCGAGUCAUCCAAAAUGUACACAUCUGUGAAUAGUUUUGAAGCGUGCUGAAGAAUUUGUAAAAUUAACAGUAUCUUCUGUAUGUUUAUGUUUCGUUUCAGUAUGUAAUUUUAUUCCUAGUUUUAACAUCGUUAGCUAUUUUUUUUCUAAUUUGCUCCGCUGUUACAGUACUCGAAGCCAGUAAGUGAAAUGGUUCGCAAUAAACAGUCUUAAAAGUGUAACUGACUAUUUCGUUGUGUACAUAAAUUGUACAGUAUUUAACGAGUUUUUUUUUAAGAACAGUAAAAAGAACAGUAUAAAUAAGGUGAAAUUAUUGUUGUGAUUUUUAGGAGCAGAGCGCUAGCGUACGAAAUGAUGAUAGAAAUGCAAAUAUAUUGAUACAAUUAUAAGAAAUUGUCACGAAGAAGUGAUACCUACCAUCUGAUGGAGCAGGAUAAUUGGAGAUCGGAAAAAGCAUGACAUUCUUUUAUCAAAUCAAAAAGAAAACAUAUUUUAAACAAAACAAAUGAAAGACAACCCGACAUGGAAACCCAUAAAACAUUUCAAAUGUUUUCUAAUUGAGAGAACAAUAGGAAAGAAAUUUACUGCGUAACCAAACAUACGGAGGCGCGCAAUUUCAAACUCUUAUCGGAGACAUAGCAACAGAUUUAGUGGAAAUCAAAGAAACAAUACGUACUGCAAUAGUCAAAUCAAAUUAUCUUAAAUAGAAAGUAUUCGCGCGGCAGAUCAUUUGACUGAGAAGCUGAGCAGCCAGGCGUUGGCAAGACGAAUUCAACAUUGUCUGUAUCACAACAACUAAACCUAACAAUAAUUUGCAAACAAUAAAUCUGGAAACAUGAGGCUCAAUUGAUGAAAAAUAGAAA